CGACCGCGGCGGCGCAGCCAAAAUGGCGGCGGGGGCGGCCGCGGCGGCGCUGGGCCGGGAGGGCGGGGAGGACGCCUUCCGCCGGCUCUUUCGCUUCUAUCGGCGGCGCGACGCGGCGGACCUGCGGGGGGUGGUGGACUUCUCCGCGCCGGGGGGGCAGGUGUUCAGAUCACAGCUCAGUGUUUCUUCAGUCAGUGACCAAGAUGCCUGCAGGGCAGGACUGCAGCCAGUUAGCCGGUGGAAAGCCUAUGGCCUCAAUGGGUACCCAGGCUUUAUUUUCAUACAAAACCCUUUCCUUCCGGGCUGCCAGCGUCACUGGGUGAAACAGUGUCUCAAGCUAUACACCCAGAAACCCAAUGUGUGCAACCUGGACCUGCAUAUGGCUCCUGAGAAGACGGCUGAUCUGUGGGGGCAAAGCAAGGAAAAGCUGAGAAGGAAAGGUUCCAGUAAAUGUGAGCCCAGAAGCUUACUGGAGAAGUUGCGCUGGGUGACCCUUGGUUACCAUUAUAAUUGGGAUACCAAGAAGUACUCAGCAAAUCAUCACACUCCUUUCCCCUCAGACCUUGCAUUCUUGUCAGAACAAGUGGCUGCAGCCUGUGGAUUCCGGGGUUUCCAAGCCCAAGCAGGGAUCUUGAACUAUUAUCACUUUGAUUCUUCCUUGGGAAUCCAUGUGGAUGAGUCUGAACUAGACCAUUCUCGUCCCCUUUUAUCAUUCAGUUUUGGACAAUCUUCCAUAUUUUUACUUGGGGGCCUGAAGCGGGAAGAGGCCCCAACAGCAAUGUUCAUGCACAGUGGAGAUAUCAUGGUGAUGUCUGGCUUCAGCCGUCUGCUGUACCAUGCUGUCCCCCGAGUCCUUCCCAACCCUGAAGGGACAGCUUUGCCUUCGUGCCUUGACCAGGCACUUUCUACAGACCUUCCUGUUGGCUCAGUCAUUGAGCACAGCUCUGAUGAGGAUUGGCAAGUCUGUGCCAAGUACUUGCAGUCUUCCCGUAUCAACAUGACUAUUCGACAGGUGUUGGCUGAGGGUCAGAAAUUUCCAGAGGAGUCUGGGACAAACACAGAGAGUCAGAUAUCCUCGGAAGAUGGUCACCAUCAAGAGAACAGCAGAGCCAAGAGACAUAAACCAAAUAUGGACAGCUGAGACCCAAAGAUUGUGCUAACAUGGACUGAAUGGACAACCUCAGUUGUACCAGAAGUCUUUGUACAGGCAUUCAGAAACAGCUGUAGAAUAAAGCAGUCCUUGCUGCUGUAAAGAAGAGGUUGGGGUCUGGGAUGAAGAAGUAAAAUGAGAAAGAAGGAUAAAUUUAGGACUAGGACUCAGAAGAUGAACUUUGCUGUGGGCAUUUAUUGUAUUUGGUUCCCUUUAUGAUGUACUCUCCGCAACUUUCUGACCUGUAUGUCAGAACUGUAAGCUUGAUUCAGUUAUGUUUGUAAAAUAUUUUGAAAUAAUUGGGCAGAAAGCGCUAGCGAAUGAUACCAUUGCUAUUUAUUAAAGAAGCUAAUCAGGCUAGUAAAGCUCAGCUGGAGUGCGUUAACAAAUGUGAGGGAGAGUAGGUUGCUAUGAAACCUACCUGCAGCAUUUCCAAGUGAAUUACUUCUACUGCAAAAGCUGGUUCAGUGAUCAGAAACUAGCAGCUCCCUUGAGCAACACGUGGUAAGCUUGUCCUAGCCUUGUGCUCUCCUUCUGCCUGCUUGCAGCCCCCCAGCUGCAGCAGAAAAUGAUUUUGAGUGGAUCUGGACUUCUUGCAUACCUCAGCUUUUAAAGGGAAAUGACAUGGGGCAGUAUUAGAAUACCAGUUGAGUAUGUCCUACACCCCCAUUUUUUCACAUCUGCCUCCUCUAAGUGCCUGCAGAUUAGGGUCCUGCAGCCUCAAGCUAGCAUCUAUAAGUUACAGAAUGUCUUUCAAGUAAAA